UGUGAAAGGAAAAUGAGAUAUCUCCACACUACCCAUUGGUGUGAAAGUCAAAUGAAGUCAAAAGCAUCUUUGCCCCCAAAGUAUGCCCUGGAGCUUCUCGUCGUGUAUGCCUGGGAGCAUGGCAGUGGCGUAGAGGAUUUUGACACUGCCGAAGGCUUCCGGACGGUCCUGGACCUGGUCAUCAAAUACCCACAGCUCUGCAUCUUCUGGAUGGUCAACUACAACUUCAACGAAGAGCCGAUGAGGACAUUCCUACUGACCCAGAUCCGGAAAAAGAGGCCUGUGAUCUUGGACCCAGCCGAUCCCACAGGCGAUGUGGGAGGAGGUGACCACUGGUGUUGGCAUCUUCUAGCUGAAGAAGCAGAGAAGUGGCUAUCCUCCCCCUGUUUUGACUCGAAACCAGGACAAAGUAUACAGCCAUGGAAAGUGCCAGUAGUGCAGACCCCAGGAAGCUGUGGAGCUCAGAUCUACCCCACUGUGGCUGAGGGUAGACCAGUUGGAAUCCAGCUCUGGAAUGAAAAUGCUGGAAGAAGUUUCUAGAGUUGUCUAACAAUUGAUUUAAAGACUCAGUCUAUGUUACAAAAGGGAACCAGGUCCAGUCCUCCCUGGCUGCCGUACUCCCUGGCUUCAGGGCUCCCUGGCUGCAGUGCUCCUUGGUUUCAGGACUCCCUGGCUGCAGUGCUCCCUGGCUGGCCCCUACUUCUCUCUCCUGCACUCCCAGAUGACUGCUUAAAAUCAAGACUUCAGAUCUGCUCCCUCCCACCCCCCGCGCCCUACCCGGGGGUCUCUGUGGACACCUCUCUGUGCGACUGAUCUUCAGAGAUACAUGCCCCCAUGCAGCAUGCUGUGUUCCAGUUCUGUGUGUUUUUUCUGUCUCCUUCUCUACACAUCUCUCUCCAGCUCCAGACUCACCCUGUGUCACCAAAGUUCAGCCCCUCCCUUGCCCUUCCUUUCUGCCAGUCCCAUUUAGCUCUGAGUCUUUCACUGAACCUUUGCCGAACUCUUCCCUCCAACCACAGGCCUUUCCUGCCUGUGUGGAGGCAGAAGGUUCCCCCCAGCAGCCAGCCAACCCCCUCCUUCCACCUCUGCUGUUAAAACCCCUUCUCUUGGGGAAAUGUAAAUAACAUGUAUCCCUCCUCCUAAGGUCCCAGGACAAACCAAGUGUGCUUCUACCAGAGUUCCCGCUAAGGAACCAAGGCAUUCAUCGGGUUUACCUGCAGCACUCCGGUGAGGGGAGCACAGGCAGGAGCAUGGGUGACUUGAAAGCUGCCACACCGGAAUGUCCACACCUACCAUGAGUGAUGGCUUCUCCGGGGCUGCCUAGAAGGAAACCCUUCCCCUCAUCUUUGCCCUUAUAUACUCUAACUCCUCUCAGAGACCACAUGUAACUAGGGUAGAAUAGCAUACCACUGGUUGGGACUGGUUGCUGGACACUUAGGUGAGGGUCCCAUUAACCUUCCCCUACCCAUCCCCCUUCCAAGAGGGAAGAUCAACAGUCAGCGGGCCCAGCCUUGAUAUCCUCUGAUAAGUAGGCUCAGGUGGACUCCUGAAGACGGCAGCAGUUAGGCUUCACACAUGCUAAGGCUGGAUGAUACCUGCCUUAGCCUUGACAGCUCUUGUCUUUAACCUUAUUGGCUGCCCAGGAUCCUCACCCCAGGGCUUUAACUUCAUUAAUACAUAAGGUCUUAGCCCCAUGCAUCCCCAAGCAAGUUUGAGCCUUUCUGCCUGUACUUGCUCUGGUGCACUGAGGACCAUGCCUACCUAGCCCUUGUGCCGCUUUUCAUGGUAUAACUGCAGCACCCCGGGGAGUUUACUUCUGUGUGACUCCUUCAUCCAUCUCUGGAUAUAAACUGCUGAGGUGACUCAGGGUGGGUCCUGGGUGAGUUUCAAGGGAGGGGCUUGCCCAGACAGAAAUCCUAGGCAAGUAAUUAGAGGGCCAGGAAAUGAGAUGUGGCCCCCUCUGUAGAGAAGAGAUGGAGCUAUAGGUAGCGUUCAAACCUCAUAGCCAGUGAUGAAACCAGUCACCCCUAAGUGCUGACACCCCACCAAAGCCUCCAGAUACGGGGAUUUCAGGAGCCUCCACCCCCCACACCAUUGAUAAACAUUCCCAAUGUAUCAAGAAGCUAGCACCAAAUCUCUGUGAGGAUAGGAGCUCCUGAGUUAGUCACCUCCCUGGGUUUCCACACUGUAUACCACAUGGCUGUUCAUUUUUAUGCUUUAUAAUAAACAGUGGCCUUGAGUACA